AUGAAACACUACCACUUUGAAAGCAAGCCUAUAGCUCAUCCCGAUGCUGUCGUCUCCGGGCCCCAUUACCGCUUCACCGUCCUCACCGACCGUCUGAUCCGGUACGAGUGGUCAUAUGACGGCAAAUUCGAAGAUCGAGCCUCUACCUUUGCCAUCAACCGGGAGUUUCCCGUGCCCAAGUUCCAAGUGGUUGACAGACCAGACGAGCUCGAGAUCAUCAACGAUCAUUUCCACCUGAGUUACGACAAGAAGCGGUUCAGCGCCAGUGGGCUGUUGUGCAGCUUCUCGGCCAAAGUUACUCUAUGGGGGGCGCAGUGGCGGUACGAUGCCCAGCCGAGCCAUGGCCGCCGGGAGAAUCUGGGUGGGACGGCCAGGACGCUGGAUGAGGUUGACGGGCGGUGUGAUAUGGGCACCGGCGUACUGUCCACGUUUGGGUAUGCCGCACUCGAUGAUAGCAAGUCGAUGCUGUUUGAUGGCCAGGGGUUUGUGGCUGGUCGACGACCCGGUGAUCGGAUUGAUGGCUAUCUCUUCUGCCAUGGUCAUGAUUACAAGGGUGCGAUCCGGGACUUUUACGCCGUCAGUGGCAAGCAACCAUUGCUGCCCCGGUGGGCUCUGGGAAAUUGGUGGUCGAGGUACUACAAGUACCAUCAGGACGAGUACAUUGGUCUGAUGGACCAAUUCAAAAGCAAACAAGUUCCCUUGUCGGUCGCUGUCGUCGAUAUGGAUUGGCACAUGGUGGAUGAUCCUCGAGUGCCUCACGCCGGGUGGACGGGUUAUACCUGGGACAAGAAACUGUUCCCGGAUCCCGCGACGUUUGGACGAGAGAUUCACAGUCGCAAUCUGAAGAUCACCCUCAACGACCAUCCACAUUCGGGCAUCCACUCGCAUGAAGAUUCGUAUGAGGAGAUGGCCAAGUUUCUGGAUCACGACACUACCAACAAGAAUCCCAUCUUGUUCGAUCCGACCAGUCCCAAAUUCAUGGAGGCCUAUCUUGGGAUUCUUCACCGAAGUAUUGAGCAGAUCGCCUGUGACUUCUGGUGGAUUGACUGGCAACAGGGCUCUCACACCAAAGUGCCAGGAAUUGAUCCCCUGUGGCUACUCAAUCAUUUCCAUUUCCUCGACAACGCGCUUGGUGGGAAGCAGCGUCCGCUCAUUUUUUCACGGUAUGCUGGACCCGGCAGUCAUCGCUACCCCGUGGGGUUCUCGGGUGAUACGGUGACGACGUGGGCCUCGCUGGAGUUUCAGCCUGAGUUCACUGCCACGGCUUCGAAUAUCGGGUACGGCUGGUGGAGUCACGACAUUGGAGGGCACUUUUUCGGAAAGCGCGACGACGAGCUGGUGACCCGUUGGGUGCAGUUUGGCGUCUUUAGCCCCAUCAUGCGUCUGCACUCGUCCAACUCAAGGUGGACGUCCAAGGAACCCUGGCUGUAUCGCAGGGAAAGCGAAGAUGUCAUCGAGGGAUUCAUGCGCCUUCGCCAUCGUAUGAUCCCUUACCUCUACACGUGCAAUGUCCGCGCAUCGACCCAGGACGAGCCGCUCCUGCAGCCCAUGUACUGGCUAUUUCCCGAGCGCGGCGAGGCUUACCAGGUGCCCAACCAGUACUUCUUCGGCUCGGAACUGAUUGUAGCCCCGAUCGUGAAGCCACGGGACAAGCGGACGAAUCUGGCGUGUGUCAAGGCCUGGUUGCCGCCCAUGCAUCGCCACGUGGAUAUCUUCACGGGCACAGUCUACGACGGGAACAGGGAGCUGAACAUGUACCGCCCGUUGCAUGAAAUCCCCGUGUUGGCACACGAAGGCAGCAUCAUCCCCCUGGACGCAAACAAGACGCCCGGCAACGGUGGUCUCAACCCGGAACACUUUGAGGUGCUCGUGGUGAUCGGACGCAACGGACAGACUUCCGUCCUUGAAGAUCCCGCGGACGACUCGGAUCAGGUGAAGAAGGAGAGUCCUCAGACCGGCGAACGCGGCUCGCUCAUCCAAUACGACCAAACCAAGGGUGAACUCACCGCACACGUCACGGGCCGGACGUGGAGUUUCCGUUUCCUCGCCGUCACUGAGAUCCCCGAGGGUCUGAAAGUCACGGUCGACGGUCAAGACCGCACCAAGGACACCGAUGUCGUGGUCUCAAAGUUCCCAGACACCCCUUCGAUGCUCGUACACGUUCCCCCGGCGCUGCACAUGGACAAAUACACCAUCACUAUAUCUCUAGGAGGUAGUGAUCCACAGUUGAGUGUGUUGGACCACAAGCCGCGGAUCGAGAAGCUCCUGCUGGACUAUCAGACCGAGUUCGACAUCAAGGACCGGAUCUGGAGCAUUGUCGACGACAGGGAGAGCGCCAUCAACGUCAAGAUUGGGAAACUGUUGAGUCUGAGCGUUGACGAGACGCUGACUGAGCCGAUUGCGGAGUUGAUCUUGAGUGAUGUUAGAGGGAUCCAGUUGUGA